AUGGAAGAAACAACCAUUGAACAAUUUGCACGUGCUUGUUGUAAUAAUAAUAUCUAUUUGGUAGAAUUAUUUCUUGAGCAAUUAACUAUUCAAGAAAUUAAUCAUAAAUUGGAACCAGACCAUGUUACAGCAUUACAUUAUGCAACAUAUUUUGGUCAUCAAGAAAUUAUAUCUCUUUUAUUAGAUCAUGGUGCGUCGUCUACAAUAAGAAUGAAAGACGGCCGUACACCAUUGGAUUUAGCUGAAACACAAGAAAUUCAGAAUCUAUUUAAAACAAAAACUGAUAACAGAAAUUUUGAACAAUUUAUGAUUAUGAAAAACACAAAAAAAAAUAUUCAUCUUCGUACGUAUUUAUUUUUAUGCUAUAAUAUUGCUUAUUUCCCUCAAGCAGUGUGUAAACACAAACAGUUAUGA